CAACUCAGUAGAUUUGGCCCUUCUGGCAGCUUAGUGUGUGGAAAAGUGCGGAUGUAAAUUAUGCAACGAGAAAACAUAUUUGCAGGGAUCUAAGCUCGCGUGAAUAGUGUUAAAAUCGAGUAUUAGAAACUGCAAUUCGUGCGUCGAGUGAAGUUUCGCCGUGAACCAAUUGCAUUGCCGUGAAAAUGCCGAAAUAGUACAUCUGGCCAACGGAACCGUGCAGUUGGGGAACAUAAAAUUUGUAAAUGGCUUUUCCGAUGGGAAUUUGGUGUUGAGAAGUGGUGUGUUAGUGUUGGUGUAAUUGAUUAGCGAGAGAGCGAGUGUUUGGUUGAGAAAAGCGUGAUUUCAGCCGUAGGCGAGUGAAGGGGUGAAGAGGAUCGUUAGGAAAUAGAGCGGGAGAGGAAGAAGACAGGAGGUUGAAAUUCAACAUGGCCGCUCGUGCUGAAAGCAGUUUUUUCGUCUUCUUUGUUUAGCGGACGUAAUCGCAGGCAGGAGUCGGCUGUUGGUGGCUUUUGGAUUGUUCGUGGCGAUUUAUCAAUAACGCGCGGCGCGCUGAGGUUGGAGAGUGGUGGCGGUGAAUGAGGACUUCUGGUCCAGCGGAGUCGGAAAGUGUAAAGAGGAACGGAAGCGGCGCUGCAGGCUCGGAAGACGCAGCAUAACCAGAGAAUGCCGAGCGCUUCGUUCACGUCCUCGCGAUCCUGUCUGAGGCGGUCGAGGCGAAAAGGCGGCAACCGAAUCGCACUGCCCUCGCGGACAGUAGCUAACCCAUUGCCUAUUUGUCAAAAUAUUCCAGCACCAAAUUUAGGUGCAGCUCCGUCCGGUGGACCGAAUGUAGCAGCUGCAAUUGGUACAAAUACAUCUACGGUCAGUUCACCUAAUGGAUCGAAUCCUCCAAAUGCAACAAAUGCCAACGGUGGUAGUAACACAAACGCAUCGACAAAUUCCGCCACCGUAUCAUCCUCCUCAUCAUCUUCCACAUCAUCUUCAGCAUCGGUAUCAUCAUCUACAUCAACGACAUCACCGACAUCUUCAUUAGUUCAGAAUUCAAACAGUGGAAACAGUAACAUAAAUUCGAAUAGUUCUUCUAAUGCAAAUGGUAGUAUGAUUAUUGCCAGUACGAGUAAUACACCGCAUACAGGAAUAUCUGGCUCCACAUCUCCUAGUUCAAGUGCUGCAACAGGUGCAAGCGUUAUGGGAUGCAGUCAUCAAUCUCCAUACGACUUACGACGAAAAAUACCACCUAAUCAUGAUAUGUGGAGUAGUGGCAGUAGUGGAAGUGGCCCAUCAACGAGCAAUCAGUAUGCGAAUAAUGGAACUUCAGUCAGUUGCGAUGACACAUGCUAUAUGCUUCCAGCCAGAAAACGGCCUCGACGUAUGUACAAUUCAACAACUGAAAACUACACACCCUCCGCUGCGCACUAUCUUCAAUACGAAAUGCCUGACGAAGUUCUACUCACAAUAUUCUCCUACUUACUCGAACAGGAUCUGUGUCGCCUAUCUUUAGUUUGUAAGCGAUUUAACACAAUUGCGAAUGAUACGGAAUUGUGGAAACGAAUAUAUCAGAACGUCUAUGAAUACGAUUUGCCAUUAUUCAAUCCAGAAGUGUGUAAAUUCCAUUUUGUGAAGGUCGAAGAUUCCGAAUACGCUAACCCUUGGAAAGAGAGUUUUCGGCAAUUGUAUCGCGGCCUGCACGUUAGACCUGGUUAUCAGGAGAAAAAGUACAAAGGUCGCAAUAUUCUGUAUUUCAACACAAUCCAGAGCGCACUAGAUUAUCCAGAUGAGAAGACGUUGAAUAAUACGUCCACUGCGACGGCUGUGUCGAAUGGGAUGAAUUCAAGCGGCAUGUCGAAUCUGCUCAACUCUAUUUACGACGAUAGUUCGUCAACAACAGAGAAUACGGGAAGCCUGAUAUUCCUUCAUGCUGGCCAUUAUCGGGGGGAAUUUCUGUUCAUCGAUUCGGACGUUCAACUGAUCGGUGCAGCGCCGGGCAAUGUAGCAGAAUCAGUUGUGCUGGAACGAGAGUCAGGAUCGACAGUGAUGUUUGUCGAAGGUGCUAAGCAAGCCUACGUAGGACAUAUGACGCUGAAAUUUUCGCCUGAUGUUACAUCAACGGUUUCGCAUCAUAAACAUUAUUGUUUAGAGGUCGGCGAAAAUUGUAGUCCUACUAUUGAUCAUUGUAUAAUUCGAAGUUCAUCGGUUGUGGGAGCAGCAGUAUGUGUGAGUGGUUUAGGGGCUAAUCCUGUGAUACGUCAUUGUGACAUUAGCGACUGUGAGAAUGUUGGCCUUUAUGUGACGGACUACGCCCAGGGAACUUACGAGCACAACGAGAUUAGCCGCAAUGCUCUGGCAGGCAUUUGGGUGAAAAAUUUUGCUAGUCCUAUUAUGCGUGAGAAUCAUAUCCAUCAUGGACGUGACGUCGGCAUUUUCACAUUCGAGAAUGGAAUGGGCUAUUUUGAGAAGAAUGACAUCCACAAUAAUCGCAUAGCCGGGUUCGAGGUGAAAGCGGGAGCCAAUCCGACGGUUGUAAAGUGUGAAAUUCAUCAUGGCCAAACCGGUGGAAUUUACGUUCACGAGAACGGGUUAGGACAAUUUAUUGAAAAUCGUAUUCAUUCCAAUAAUUUCGCAGGUGUGUGGAUCACUUCAAACAGUAAUCCAACAAUAAGAAAAAAUGAGAUAUACAACGGACAUCAGGGUGGUGUCUAUAUAUUUGGCGAGGGACGAGGCUUAAUAGAACAUAAUAAUAUUUAUGGGAAUGCUCUGGCGGGAAUCCAGAUUCGUACAACUAGUGAUCCAAUUGUGAGGCAUAAUAAAAUACAUCACGGCCAACACGGUGGCAUUUAUGUACAUGAAAAAGGCCAAGGACUGAUCGAAGAGAAUGAAGUUUAUUCAAAUACUUUAGCCGGAGUUUGGAUUACGACCGGCAGCACACCUGUGUUACGAAGGAAUCGAAUUCAUUCCGGGAAGCAAGUGGGCGUCUAUUUCUAUGAUAAUGGACACGGCAAGUUAGAAGAUAACGACAUAUUCAAUCACCUCUACUCGGGUGUGCAAAUCCGAACGGGGAGUAACCCAGUGAUUCGUGGCAACAAGAUUUGGGGAGGUCAGAAUGGCGGAGUGUUAGUGUACAACGGAGGUUUAGGACUGCUUGAGCAGAACGAAAUUUUCGACAAUGCUAUGGCAGGUGUAUGGAUUAAGACAGACUCAAAUCCGACGCUGAAGCGGAAUAAAAUCUAUGACGGGCGUGAUGGAGGAAUCUGUAUUUUCAACGGAGGCAAAGGGAUAUUGGAGGAGAAUGAUAUCUUCCGGAAUACACAGGCUGGAGUUCUAAUCUCAACACAAAGUCAUCCGAUAUUAAGGCGGAAUCGAAUCUUCGACGGAUUGGCAGCUGGGGUGGAAAUCACGAAUAACGCGACUGCAACAUUAGAGUAUAAUCAAAUCUUCAAUAACAAGUUUGGUGGCUUGUGUUUGGCGAGUGGUGUGCAACCAAUAGUUAGGGGCAAUAAAAUAUUUAAUAAUCAGGACGAGGUAGAGAAGGCUGUUUCGGGGGGACAGUGUUUAUAUAAGAUAAGUAGUUAUACGUCGUUUCCUAUGCACGAUUUCUAUCGGUGUCAAACAUGCAACACGACCGAUCGGAACGCCAUUUGCGUGAACUGCAUAAAGAAUUGCCAUGCUGGACAUGAUGUUGAAUUCAUUCGCCAUGACAGGUUUUUCUGUGAUUGCGGAGCGGGAACAUUGACAAAUCAAUGUCAACUACAGGGCGAACCCACCCAAGACACCGACACCCUGUACGACUCGGCAGCUCCAAUGGAAUCGCAUACUUUAAUGGUAAACUAGGGUAUUGUUAUUUUCAUAAUGCUGUGUUAAUAGAUGUUAGCAAGUUUUUACAAUAAUACAGAGAAAGUUAAGUGAAAAACUCAUUAUUUAAGGUAGAAUCAGGUUCCAUAGUGAUCUGAUCUAAAACAAUUUACCUAGUAUUAUAAUUAUUCGUUUGAAUGUGAACAGAGAAAAGAGAAGAAGCACGGAUGCAAAGAAUCUUCAGAACGCAUAGAGAAAGAAAAUAAGCUACAAUAUCAAAACACAAGACCGAAAAUUUAGACUUUUCCCUCUUUUAUCGUUUUAACGUUUCAUCUGCUAAAUGUAUAAAUUGUUUCUCUCGUUUUGCCUAAAAUAUUGUACGUAUUUUUCCCGGAGUAAUUAAAAUUCAGUAAUCGUAAAGAAAUUAGUUUUUUGAAUGAAGUGUCCAUGUCUUUACGCUAAGUUAAUCUCGUUUCUUAUAUAAGUAUUCAGUGGAUGUUGUUGUCAUAAUUAUUGGUUUUUUUCUUUUAUUAUUUUCUAUCGUGAAUUUGUUGAAGCCAUCGAUGAAUGUUUUGUUUGUAUUUUCUAGUAUGAGUGCUGGUUUUGAGCAUUAACGUAUGUUUUUUGAUGUGCGUGUUACAAUUUAUUACUCCUGUGGAAAAAUUUAUAUAUAAUAAUGAAAAUCAAGAUAGAUCUUAAUAAUGAUUGAUGAUAGAAAUGUAAAAAUUAAAUAGAAUAUAAAUUGUGGAGAAAAU